AUGUCGUUGAACAAAAACCAAGACAAUGCAUCAUCAUCAGAGUCUCCUCCGUCGUUUUUGUCGUUACCGUACGACAUCAUCUUCAACACUCUAGCAAGGAUCUCUCGAACCAAUUAUCCAAUUCUAUCUCUUGUCUCCAAGAGUUUCCGUUCACUCCUGUCUUCGCCUGACCUCGAGGCCGCACGAUCACUCAUCGGAAGACCCGAGAAGUACCUCCACGUCUGCUUAAACCUCAAUAACAACAACCCUAGCUGGUUCAUACUUUCCCAACGUAAGUUGAUACAAACCCCUUCGUUUUCCUACAAACAUCUCAACUCCUCUAGUGUUGUCUCAACUGGUUCUGAGACUUACGUAAUCGGUGGCAGAGUCUUGGUGGUGAAUGGAAGAAAGAAAAGAAGCAAAAGAGUGUUUCUAAUCGAUUUUAAAACUCAUCAAUGGCGUAAACUCCCCAACAUGCGUGUUUCUCGAAAAGAAGCAGUCGUUGAGGUGAUGGACGGUAAGAUCUAUGUGAUUGGAGGCUGCAGCAGCAAGUAUUCUGCCGAGAAUUAUGGAGAGGUUUACGACCCAAAUACACAAACGUGGGAGCCCACAAGUGUCACAACACGCGAUCUACCCAAUUACACCAACCAACAACGUGCCACCAUGUAUAUCCGACAUCGAGAAGGUUAUUACAGUUCUAAGAUUUGCUUCAUAGCCUCAGAUGUUUUCAGUUCCACCAGGUCAUCCUUGGUAGAGACAGGCAAAAAAUUUUGGUUGGGAGCAAUGGUCAGCAAUGGUGAACUACGCUGCGGUGGCUUAUCUCGGUGGGUUAAAGUUUUAGGACUUGAAGCAAUAUCCUCUAAUUAUCUUAUUUCGGUGACCAACUCUGGCCAAGAUGAGGGAGUUAUAGUUUGGUGGAAGACUAAUUAUGCUAUGGAAUGUAAUACUGAGAUUUGGUGUGCUGAGAUUUUGAUUAAGAUUUACGAUCACAAGACCAUUCGGGGAUCCAUUGAGUGGUCUGAGAAUGUGUUUACCUUCCAGGGAUGUCAUCAAUCUGAUGAUGCUUCCAAAUUCAUGUUGCAUUCUGCUUUAGUAACUCAUGAUUAUUGA